AUGGACGAAGACGUAUGUCGCGUUUGUCGAACUGAAAGUAGUGUAGAUCAUCCAUUAUUUUAUCCUUGUAAAUGUUCUGGCAGUAUUAGAUAUGUACAUCAAGACUGUUUGACGAAAUGGUUAAAACACAGUGGAAAAACAAAAUGUGAAUUAUGCAAUCACUCAUUUUCAUUUUCACCAAGACUUGUUAAAAUAGGACUUCGUGCAAUGCUUGUAGGGUCUGUUUGGUUGAUUUGUUUACCAUACUUUACUGUAUGGGUAUGGAGAUUUUAUUUUUGGAGUGGAGAGUACAUAGCAUAUAGAAUUAAUGGACAAUAUCCACCAUUUAGAGCAGAAAAUGGAAUAAAUAAUUCUACAAGAGAAGAAAAUCCAUUUUCAAUAUUAUAUUUAAAAAUAGCCAAAGGACUAUUAUGGUAUUUACCUCCUGAAGUGGAAAAUAUUAUAAAAGAAUUUGAUAAUGAUAUUAUAAAUGAAGAUAAUGAUAUUAUAAAUGAGGAUGGUGAUGUUAUAAAUGAGGAUGAUGAUAUUAUAAAUGAAGAUGAUGAUAUUAUAAAUGAUGAUAUUAUAAAUGAAAAUGAUGAUAUUACAAAUGAAGAUGAUGAUAUUAUAAAUGAAAAUGAUGAUAUUACAAAUGAAGAUGAUGAUAUUAUAAAUGAAAAUGAUGAUAUUACAAAUGAAGAUGAUGAUAUUAUAAAUGAAAAUGAUGAUGUUACAAAUGAAGAUGAUGAUAUUAUAAAUGAAAAUGAUGAUGUUAUAAAGAUAUUAUAA